GUCGUUUGCCAGCUAUAGAUCACGAUUACGAUGACCAGGGGGGUAGCUCGGUCAUCAGUGCUAGUCUCAUGACAUAAAAGUCCGGCAGUUCGUCAGUCUCUCCUCGCUUAUAAUGCUCUCACACUUGCUUGUGUUCUACGUUCUCCCACCAUGCCUUCCUCAUCUCCCAUAUUCUCGACCCCCUUGACAAAGCUGUUCAAAAUUAACCAUCCUGUUAUGUUGGCAGGUAUGAACGUUGCUGCUGGACCUAGGCUCGCUGCCGCAGUUACCAACGCUGGUGGAAUUGGUGUAAUUGGUGGAGUCCAACAAACACCCAAGUUUCUUCAAGGGUCCAUCGAAGAGCUGAAAGGGUAUCUGGAAGAUAAGAACGCGCCUUUCGGCGUGGACCUGCUAUUACCUCAAGUCGGUGGAAACGCGAGAAAGACGAACAUAGAUUACACUGGUGGUCAACUCGCCGAGCUCCUCGAUGUGAUCAUCAAUGGUGGUGCCAAGCUUUUCGUCUGCGCAGUGGGCGUACCUCCGAAGUGGGCUGUGGACAAGCUACAUGAUGCUGGCAUCGUUGUUAUGAAUAUGAUUGGACAUCCGAAGCAUGUAGCUAAAGCCCUGGCACAAGGCGUCGACGUCAUUUGCGCACAAGGCGGUGAAGGCGGUGGUCACACUGGGGAUACACCCUUUUCCAUCCUUAUUCCUGCCGUCGUAGACUUGUGUAAAGAUGCUAAGAGUCCAUUAACGGGAGAACCCGUUAUCGUCGUAGCUGCCGGAGGAAUUGCCGACGGAAGAGGCCUGGCUGCAGCACUAGCGUACGGUGCCUCCGGUGUGUGGGUAGGCACUCGAUUUGUUGCGAGCGUUGAGGCCGGCGCGCCUCCCGUUCACAAGCAGUCGAUUGUGAAAGCUGGCUAUGAUGAUAUCUUUCGGACUGUCAUAUACACCGGAAGGCCUUUGAGCGUUUUGAAGACACCGUAUAACUCCGAUUGGGAAACCAGACGUCGCGACGAGAUAGAAACGCUGACUUCGAAGGGUCUUGUACCGCACGAUAUUGAGUUGCAGAAGUAUCCAGAAAAAUCGGUCUCCGGCCGUGCUUGGCUUAUGGGGAAGGUGGCUGCAUCUAUCCAGGCCAGUUUCAGUGCCACUUGCUUAUCGCAAACCACUGAUGCCGUGUUAUCUGUACGUAGGAUAUCAAAUGGGCCAAAGAGAUUGUCGAUGAGAUGGUGAUGACCGCGGCGAAGAGUCUUCAAUCAGCAAACGGGCUUACGGCUAAGCUAUAAUGAUGACGUGUC